CUCACAAUUGACUGCACAUUCAGCUUCCACAAGUAUAAAAUGACUUUUCUUUUGUUGGCUUUUUGCCUCUGGCACUCUCUUGCCUUCUCUCAAGUUAUAAUAUUAUCACCAAAUGAUACAGUUUCUGUAUGUCAAGGAGAAGUGCAAGCAAUAACAUGUAAUGUGACUGGAUCUGUACUCUUAUGGGAAUAUGGAAAUAAUUCCACCAGCUUCAGUAUUGGAAACACCGGACCACAGGAAAUUAGGCCAUUUAAUUUUGUAUUACAGUCUCAUGGUAAUGGUAUACUGGUUUCAGUUGCAACUGUUAAUGUUUCUACAUCAAUAAAUGGGAGUACCCUUGAGUGUAGGAAUACAGGAUCAAGCACAGAUUCCAGUAUAAGGCGAAAAAUCAGCUUUAAUGUUAAAUAUUCAUUUCCAAACAGUUACCUUAAUGUUGAUGCUGUAUCAUCAGAUACAUUAUUAAUAUCUUGGGCUGGAGCUGAUUGUAUACAAUCAUAUGAUGUAUUCAUUAAUGGAACUAAUGUUAAUACUACCAGUGGAAUGAGUCUAUUGUAUAAUACUGGAGGAGCUAUUGGCAGUAUUGAUGUAUUGGUUAAUAGUGUUGAUUAUUAUGGAAGAGCAGUGGGUAACUUAUCAACUCAAUAUCAAUUUAACAAAUACAACUUUGAGGCUGAGGCUAUUAUUAGUAACAAUAUGUCACUGGUCAUAAUAAUUGAGGAUAAUUACAUUAUUCAACAGCCUGCUCCAUUAUCCUGUGAAUUGACUGUAACUAACUUAAUUCAGUCAUCAAUGGACUGUCUCUCUAAAAGAUUGUUUAUAUUCACUAAUGUCACUGAAGGAGAUGUGUAUAAUUAUACUGUUACUAUUACUAAUGUUGUUGGGUCUACUGUUAAGAAUGAUUCCAUAGAACGAACAUGUCCAUCAAAUGCUCAAAAUUGCUGUUCAACUUUUCCAACAUCUUCCCAGUCUUGUUCUGCAUCAACUACAGAUCCGUGUACACCAACUCCCAGUAAUAGACCUGGUGGAUCAAAUUGUGUUCUUCCUUGGAUAUUUGGUGUGAUAGCUGGGACAGUGGUGGUUUCUUUGAUUUAGCUUUUACUUCAAAGACUUACAACAUUGUGCACUACAAGAAGCAUAAUGUCUUCCUGAGUAGAAAAUAUUAGUGUCAUAAUAGCUCUUCAUUAGCAUCAAUUCUAUUACUAACUUAGACAUUUCAUUAGCUACAUAUGCAGAGUGUGUAUCAAUUUAGUUUUCCUUUUUGAUAGUCAAUUUAAUCAAACAACAAAACU